AUGAGCCCUUCUAUUAUUCCAUCUGAUGGUGAUGGCUCCCCUUAUUCUGCCAAUAGGUUCCGGGUGUGCCUCGUGGUUCCUGCCUCGUGGUUCCUGCACUGUGCGUGGCCGGCCAGGGACGAAGGCGUUGAACUUGGGCUGCUGGUGACGGGAGGCCGCCCGGGGCUGCUGGCAGGAAGGACUGCCGCAAAAUAUCUGCUGGGAUUUCUUGCGGUUGCAGUUCUUAUUACUGUCAUUGCUGUUCCUGUUGCUUUAUUGACAAAGCAAAUCUUGCCUUUUCCCCCCUUUGUUCUAACAGAUAACUCUGCACCUGACCCUCGCAGGACGUUUACUCUACAGGAUUACUUGGAUGACAGUCUGCAAUACAAAUCAUACAAUUUGAAGUGGAUUUCAGAAAACCAAUAUCUCCACACAAGGCAGAGCAAUGUCUUUCUCUUCAACGUUGAUGAUGGAACUGUCGCUGAAAUCCUCUCAAAUGACACAUUAGCAAAUUACAGUGCUUCUGAAGCAAUUCUGUCAGCAGACCUAAAAUUUGCCCUUCUGCGAACUGAGUAUUCAAAGGUAUGGCGUCACUCAUACAAUGCAUCAUAUAUCAUCUAUGAUUUGGAAAAUAGUGCCAUAAUAAAUAACUCACUUCCUAAGGAUAUCCAGUACAUAUCCUGGUCACCUGUUGGUCACAAACUGGCCUAUGUUUGGAAUAACAAUGUUUAUGUCAAAGAAACACCAGCAGUACCUGGAGUACAGAUCACCACAAAUGGGAAAGAAAAUACAAUUUUUAAUGGAGUAACAGACUGGGUUUAUGAAGAGGAAAUGUUUGGCACCCACGCUGCUCUGUGGUGGUCUCCAAAUGGCAGCUUUUUAGCAUAUGCGGAGAUUAACGAUACCGGAGUUCCUGUUAUUGAGUAUUCGUUUUAUGCGGAAGAAACGCUGCAGUAUCCAAAGACCAUAAGAAUACCAUAUCCUAAGGCAGGUGCUACAAAUCCAACUAUAAAACUGUUUAUAGUGAAUACUGAAUCUCUUUCCAACAGCAGUUCAACUGAAAUUUCUAGACCAGCUAGCAUACUUUCAGGGGACUACCUCAGUGUCAUAACUUGGGUGACCGAUGAAAGAAUCUGUCUGCAGUGGCUCAGAAGGAUUCAGAAUUUUUCAGUUCUUACGAUCUGUGACUACUCUAGAGCGAAUGCGGUGUGGCAGUGUCCACCAGAAAAACAGCAUACAGAAGAAAGUAAAACUGGCUGGAUUGGCAGAUUUCAGCCUUCUGAACCUUACUUUGCACCUGAUAAGGCCAGCUAUUACAAAAUUUUCAGUGAUGAAGAAGGGUAUAAGCACAUCCACUAUAUCAACAGCACAGGAGGACAGGAACGUAUUACAAGAGGAAAAUGGGAGGUAAUCAGCAUAGCAGCUGUAACUAAUAAAUUUCUAUAUUUCAUAAGUAACGAAUUGGAAGGCAAGCCAGGUGGAAGAAAUCUUUAUAAGGUGGACAUUGGAACUUUCUCAAAGUCAUGCAUCAGUUGUGAUCUACCCAAAGAAAGUUGUCAGUAUUAUUCUGCCACCUUCAGUACAGAUGCAACAUAUUAUAAACUGAAUUGCCAUGGUCCCGGCCUGCCCUAUUUCACCUUGCGAAACAGCACUACAGAUAAAGAUAUUAAAAUAUUGGAAGACAAUCAUGAUCUUAACAAUAAAUUGAAGAAUAUCCAGAUGCCCUCCAAAACAACCAGCACCAUUGCACUGCAUGGCAAGACGUUCUGGUACCAGAUGACCUUACCUCCUCAUUUCGAUGAAUCAAAGCAAUAUCCUCUACUCAUCGAUGUGUAUGGAGGGCCCUGUAGUCAGAAAGUCGAUUUUUCCUAUCGAAUCAAUUGGGCUACAUAUCUUGCAAGCACUGAAGAGAUUAUCGUGGCUAGUUUUGAUGGCAGAGGGAGUGGCUAUCAAGGAGAUGAAAUCAUGCAUGCAAUAAAUCGAAGGCUUGGAACCUACGAAGUAGAAGAUCAGAUCUUGGCAGCCAGAGAAUUUUCAAAAAUGAACUUUGUUGAUCCAAAGAGAAUAGCUAUUUGGGGUUGGUCAUACGGUGGUUACGUGACCUCCAUGGUGCUUGGAUCAGGGAGUGGAGUGUUCAAGUGCGGAAUAGCUGUCGCUCCGGUGUCACGCUGGCAGUUUUACGAUUCCAUAUACACUGAACGUUACAUGGGCCUUCCUACAGCAGAUGAUAAUCUGCAUAACUAUGAGAAUUCUACCGUUAUGGCCAGGGCUGAGAACUUCCGAGAUGUUGACUAUCUUCUGAUCCAUGGAACAGCAGAUGACAACGUUCAUUUUCAGCAAGCAGCCCAGAUCUCAAAAGCUCUGGUUGAUGCGGAAGUGGACUUUCAGGCAAUGUGGUAUACAGAUAAAGAUCACGGCAUUGGAGGCCACGCCCACAGCCAUAUCUAUACCCAUAUGAGCCAUUUUAUCAAACAGUGUUUUGCACUGUCAUAAUCCUUGCAAUAACAAUUUGCAUCUCAUACCAAGAUUUGUUUGA